UGGAAAAAAACUCAGCUCCUACAAGUUCAAAGCCAGUCUUGUUUACAAAUGAAGUGGUGUUUCGAGGUUAAUGAUUCCAUUCCAGCCUAGAAACAUCGGCGCUCAAUCCCCACGGCUGGUCCAUAGACAUCAACUACCAAUCUCCACAUUUAUAGUUUGCUGGAUCCACCCGUCCCCCAGAAAGCUGCGGUUGUUCGACUCUCUUCUUCCUCUCUGUUCUUCAAUCAUCCAUCAAUCCAUCUUCAUCUUCCUCCACCUGAUCUCGAAAACCUUCACCCACCAACUCCCACAUCCCCUCAAAUUCUCACCAUUCACUCUCUAACUAACAACAUACUCUUCUCCCGGAAAGAGGCAGCUAGUAGAAGAAGAAGCAUUUCGCAGCCCUCUUUGUCACAAUUUGGAAGCAGUUGUGUGUUUCCUUAGAUGGGUUGCUCAGCUUCUCGCUCCGGAGAGCAUGACUUUAUCCAGCCGCAGAAGCCACCAAUUUCGGGUUCCCAUUCUGACCCCCUUUCUGCUUCGGUCUCGCGAUCGCUCUCUCUCCCCACCCGCCUGGUUCACCACCCGGCCGUCAGAAAAGGGGAUAGCAACCAUUUGGUGAUACUCACCUCUUCUACUUAUGGAUCGCUUCUUUUGAUUGACCGCCCGGAAAUCCCAAACCCUAACCCUAAUCUCAGUAGUACCCAGAUAGAACCCGACCCGGUUUCUCCUGACUCAGUCGUCAACACGUGGGAGCUCAUGGAAGGCCUGGAUGAAGACGAAUUUGAUUUCCAUGUAGUCGAAGCCCCAAAAGUUCCCAGUCCUGAGAGUGUGAAAGUCGUUGCUGAGUUGAAUGAGAUGGUGAAAUCGUAUGAGUUCGUGGAGCACAUCGAUUCAUUGCUGCCCGAUGACAGGAUUGUUGUGUAUUAUACUAGCCUACGAGGGAUUAGGAAGACUUUUGAAGAUUGCUGUGAUGUUCGGAUGAUCUUUAGGGGAUUUCGGGUGUCUGUGGAUGAGAAAGAUGUAUCUAUGGAUGCAUCAUACCGGAAAGAGUUGCAGGGCAUGCUGGGUGGGGGAGGAAAAGAUUUAAGCUUGCCGCAUGUAUUUAUUAGGGGAAGACACAUUGGUGGUGCUAAUGAGAUUAAGCAACUAAAUGAGGCUGGGGAGUUAGGUGAGCUUCUGAAGGGGUUGCCUUUGAAGCAAGAGGGGACUUUGUUUUGUGGGAGUUGUGGGGAUGCAAGAUUUGUGCCAUGCCCGAGUUGCAAUGGGAGUCGGAAAGUGUUCAAGAAUGAAGAAAGCAGGUUGAGGAGGUGCCAAAAUUGUAAUGAAAAUGGAUUGGUUAGGUGCCCUGUGUGCCUCCCUUAGGGUCUGUGGAUGGAGGGUUUUGUGUCAGCAGCUUUUCUGGUGGGCUAUUUAUUGGCAUUAUGACGAAAAAAACUUUAAUUUUGUCAAACAUACAAACAAGCAAGGACACAAACAUCUGUGAUUGGUUAUUGGACUAAACUAUCAAAUUGCUCAUAGUAUGUAUAUUAAAAUGUAUGUAAUGUGAUUGAAAUAUUGUAUGAUAUUUUUUGCAUGUUACAUUGAUCUUUCCAGUUGUAUAAUCAAAAAUAUGUAUAAUGAUGUGGACUGUGUUCUUAAAAACUUUCCUCUCUAAAACUGUACAUCCAAACAGACCAUUAGAACUUCUUGGUGAGCGAGUGGUUUCUUUGCUUUAUUGCAAAGAUCGAUUUCUGAAUCAGUCUAUUAAAUCAGCAAAAAAUACAAUGAUGUUGUUCCAUAUUUGUUUACCCUUCUAUUUUACUACUUUCUUCCUAACUAGCAGUGACUGGCACUAUUGGCAAUCAGAUAUAAAAGACAAAAAAAACUCAGUAGCCCAGUGAUUGUGGGAAAGAAAGCUUUUGGGAUGCUCAGUUUUGUCUUUUCUUUUUCAGGCAAUGUUGCAAUAAUGGCCGGCAAACAACUGGUCGAAGUUUGUAAUAUGCCGUAGCAUAAGAAGCCCAGCUAUGAAUAUUUCAGCAUCGUUUUGAUCGGAUCAAGAGCCUGUUUGGACCUUUAGUAGCCAAAAAUGGCUUUCCAAACGGUGACACAGUUCCGGUCCAUGAUUGGUCUGUUUUUGCAUAAAACUGCACAUAAGAUGUGGCCGGGUCUCCGAGAGUCUACAAUCUACAUCAUACCAUCGGUUGUACGAUGCUCACCAUAGAACCGGGUAUUUUAUGUUAAAAGAAAUGAGUAUUAAUAUUCAAUCAUUGUAUUGGUUAAAAGAAAUGAGUAUUAAUCAUUUUAUGUUAAAAGAAAUGAGUACAACUUUUAACACAUUUGAGUAUUAGAAACAUGCAAUUAAAUUAAAUAUCAUGAUGUACACGUAAUAUAUAUGCUACAAAAAAAAAUUAUUCAUUUAACUAUAUCAUCAUUGUAUUAUCAUCAAAAUAUUUAUUGUGUUAAUUUUUUAAUUCAAUAUCAAAUCUCAUUUCUUUUAAACAUUGUACUCGUUUCUUUUAACAUAAAAUACUCGAUUGUACGGUGAGCACCGUUCCACCUUGUCUUUUUUUGAAUUAGUAACAAUAAUUAUUACUAGAUGUAUAUAUAUUAUGUGUAAUUGUCAUGUACUUGUAUGUAGCAGAAAUGAAAAUGUAUAAAUUUGAAAUUUUAAUUUGGAAAGAGAAUAAUUAAUAAAAUGUAUUCAUG